UUUAACAUGGCCGCGAAGGAAUGUAAUAAAUUUACAGAUUUUAAAACCUAAAAACAUGGAUAAAUAAGUAAAAGCGGUUGGGGUUUUUUUUAUUUUUUUGAUUCUUGGACUGUGAAAGUAGAAAAUGCUUGUAAGAACACCAUGUUGAAUGAACUGUUUUGGUGUCGUUUGAAUACUGAUAUGUACCUUUAUGUGAGUUGAAAAAUGCAGAUAAAGAACGUAGAGGCUAUGAAGACAUGGCUGACAGCUCGACUUGAGAAGAUUUGUGAUGCUGAUCCUGCAGCCCUAGCAAAGUAUGUUGUGGCAUUAGUUAGAAAGGAUAAACCAUUGGGAGAAUUGGAAGAGAUUUGCAUUGAUCAACUAGAAGUUUUCCUAGGUGGAGAAACAGUAUCAUUUGUGAAGACACUGUUUGAAGUUCUUCAAAAUAACUCAUACAUCCCUGCCCCACCAAAACCCACCACCCCCUUACCUGUUGAACCAACUAAGCAAAUCAGUCCACCAAAACCAAUUACCCAGCCAAAACCAAUUAUCCAACCAAAACCUAUUACUCCACCGAAGCAAGUGAGCCCACCAAAACCAAGUAACACACCAGGACAACGCAGUAUCUCCCCUGUAAAGCAAAACAACACCCCAAAGUCAAUCAAUCCCCCGCCUAAAACAAGCAUAUCUCCACAACAAUCAAACCCACCUUCUCCCCCACGACCUGUGAACAAGAGAUUGCUGAGUACAGAUGAAACUUUGAGACCUCAAGCUGCAGAGUCGUCCGUGUUGGAUGAAGAUGAUCGUGAUUUCAAAAGAACUAGAAAACCAACCGAAGAUAUUGAGGAAAAACCUAUAUUAACUGUCAAUCGUGAUUAUCAUUCGUCUCACAAAGGCAAGAAACGACGGAUUGAGGCCGACCAUGAUAGUGGAACAAGAAUCAAACUCUCAAAAGAUGAUACCAUGGAAGAUGAAAAAUCCGAGGCAAAAGAAAGAAUGAAAGAAGAGAAAGAUGAUGAAAUGGAGGAUAAUGAAGAUAAUUUGAAGAAGAAAGACGAUGAGAAAUCUGGGGAACACGAUCGAUCUGAGAAGAAAAGAGAAGGUUCAUCUGAUCGAGAGAACACUCAACGUGGCUCUGAAAGUUAUAAAGGAAAACACGGUCGGUUUGAUGACAACAGAUCCUCAGUGAAAAGUAGAUUAUACAAAGGCAGACCAUGGCCCAAAAGAGGUCGCUGUCGCGAUUAUGAUGAGAAAGGGUAUUGCAUGAGAGGAGAACUAUGUCCGUAUGAUCAUGGCAAUGAUCCGCUCGUGGUUGAAGAUGUCAACAUACCUGGCAUUGUUCUUGGUUUUCCUCGUGCGCCUCAUCCUGGUGCAUUUAUCCCGGAAGCGGCAGCAUUAAAUCCUGCAGGUUUGGGUAUGCGAGCUCCAAUACCAUCAAUUCAAUAUCCUGUUCGUCCUGCGGCACACGUGACUGCCAACGUUCAUGUUCCAACAUCAGAUCAUCCAAACGCUGCUGGUCCCCGUACCAGUAGUACUAAUGAACGACGUUCCGCCAUUGUUCAACCAACGAUUGCUAAUGUGCGGCCUCACAUGGGAAUGACACGCUAUAAAGAGGUUCUACCGAAUAUGAGUGAAAUGUAUAAUCCUGAGCAACCUUCAUUUGACGGUCGACUGCCGGAGAAACCUCCUGUUUGGUCACGACUUGGGACGCCACCUGCACAUAUUGCUAAUAUGCCUGUUCAAAGAAACCGUGAAUUAUUGCAAGUAGUGACCUCACAAACACAACCAACUAUCCCAACUCCAGCAUCUCAGGAGAUGAAGAAUCCUGUGGCUGUAGUCCCCAGUACAAAUAUUGUUGCAACACCACAAGUUGUGAGCACUGCUGUACAAGAAACAGCCAACGUACGAACGCUUUCAACACCACCACCUCCUCGGAAAUAUACAAACACUGUUUUGGAGGUAAAGAAGUUGCCACCCAAUCUAAAUAAUAUCGCCACAUUAAACGGAUAUUUUCAAAGAUUCGGCAAAAUUGUAAAUAUUCAGGUCUCUGCUUUUGGUCAGCCUGAUGUUGCAUUAAUUCAAUUUGCGACUAACUUUGAGGCACAUAAAGCAAUAUCUUGUGCAGACGCGAUACUCGGAAAUCGUUUUAUCAGAAUAUUUUGGUACAAAUCUGAAACAAGUCAACAAAAGAGUCAAACCAGUCUCUCAGAAAACAAUCAACCCGCCUCCAUAGCAACUACUGUGAGACCAACACAAAAUGAAAAGUCUACAGCACUGGCGCCAACCAUGUUCCAGACAGGCCAAACAUCGUUCAAGGCUGCAGUUCCUGCUGCUGUCGUAUCGAAAAGAGAUGCAAAUACUAGAGUUGUCGAGGAAGUGGUGAAGAAAAAAAUUCUACUGCAGAAACAGAAGCAAGAUUUACUUUGUAAACAAAUUGAAAACCAAAAGCUUCUAAUAAAGAAACUAGAGCAGAACAAGGGCCUUAACCAGGAAGAUAAAAACAAAAUCAUGAUGACGCUGAAAAGUGUUUCAGAAAGCAUAGCAAAACAACAAAGUGAAGUAAAAGUAAGCGCUGCGCUUGUCAGAUCCAAAGAAAGUCCUAGUCGAGCACGACAGGUGGCUCAAAAGGAAUUGUUAGAUCGCGAGUUAGAUCUUAUCACUCAUGAACAAACCGGAGAAGAUACUACAGAAUUAAAAUACAGGGUGGAAGAGCUAAAGAAAGAGGCUCAGUCACUGGGAUUAUUGGACGCAAGUCAUCGUGGAAGAGGACGAGGUCGACCAACACGUGGUACAGCACGUGGUAUGUCACGUGGUCAUGUUAGAGUGCGCGACCCAAUACAUAACCGCUGGGAUAAACGACCCAAACAGCUGCUGGUAGAAGGGUUUACAGAAGAGGAGAAAGAUACACUAAAGCAACAUUUUAAGGAGCUGAGUGGCAUAGACCGUGUUGAGCAGGAUAAAGAUGGCCAUCGACUUAUCAUCACGUUCAGUACUCGAAAACAGGCGGAAAAUGCAAUAACACAUGUCCCCUCGUUUAACAUGAAAAAUGUUAAAAUAACGUGGUAUCGUCCAUCUUCAACAUCCACUCCACCAUCGUCUUCAACAGUUGGUGUAAAAAUGCCAAUAAAAACCUCGCAAGAGCAAGGAGAUGGGGAAAAUGCAUUAGAUCAGGUUGUGGAGGAAUUACUACUUGAAGGGGAGGGUGAUGAAGAAGAUGAUGAAGAAGAAAGAUCAUGGCGGCGAUGAUUGUCGUAUUUUAUCAUCAUAAUUGACGGUGAAAAUUUGGUUGAAUACAUGACCAUGCAGACCUGCUAUAAAGACGUAAUGCGUACCAGACGCAAUAACUGUGAGUUAGAGAAAUACUCAUUGGAGUACUCACUGAACUGGGUGCGUGAUUUAGAAGGCAUCAGUAGCCCCGUUCCUACUGCAUAGUUGGUGCUUAGAUGGUGAUUACGGAAAAAACCGGAUUGUAAAUACGUUUCCUGUAACGAGUUGUUGCCAGCUUUUUUAGCUCUGGUUGCGGUGGGUAACAUUUACGGGAGAGUGGAACAUCACGGAAAGCCGGAAACCAGCGCAACGAAACGACGCAAUUUGGUUGUCGCUCUCCUGUUUUACGUUGGAACGCGUGUCUAAAAAGACAUUCACCUGCAUCAUUUUUCGUUGUAAUGGAACAUUUUCUCAUCAAACUGAGAUAUCCUGGUUACAAGUUACGCUCGAUAUCUACGUUUCGUUGUCUUUUGGACUGGCGUUCUACACUCGGAAAUGUAUAUAAUAAUGAGUUUUAUGAUAUUUUGUGAAAAGGCAAAACAAUGUGAACAAAUACUGUUAGAGCAAAAUUAUUGUUAGCUAUAUUGUAUCAUUAUUGUUAUCAUUGACGUUGAUCUAUUUUGUCAAAAUGUCAAAGAAUUAUGAAAAAAAAAAAUAAAAAAGAUAAAAAGAAAACUA